UUGCGGAGGACGGUUCCGAGGCGAUAGGAGCAGUAGGCGUCGGGCCCGGGGAGUACGAGAGCGGGCAGCAGAGGUUCCGCUGUCGGUCGCUGCGUGGCUGAGGGUUCUGCCGUUCCCUUCUUGCUGCAGAGGGCCGGAGCCAUGUCUUCGAAACCCAGCUGCCUGAUGGUGUUGAGCGCAGCUGCCGGAGGAGUAUCUGCACAGUCCUUCCAUCAGUCUUAUAUGCUUUGUAGCACAGCUUUUAACCUCCAGAUUGCCACUCCAGGGGGGAAGCCAAUGGAAUUUGUGGAGCUGGAUGAGAAUAAUAUUCGUUGGAUAAAUGAUUUUCGCAUGAAGCCAUAUGCCAACCCGGCUAAACUGGAGUCAAUUGAUGGUGCUAGGUACAAUGCUAUCUUGAUUCCUAAUUGUCCCGGUGCUAUGGUAGAUCUUGCAAACAGUGGAUAUCUGGCCAAGAUUCUUCAGAAUUUCUGCACUGAGAAAAAGCCAAUUUGUGCGGUGGGACAUGGAGUUGCUGCUUUGUGCUGUGCUACCAACCAGGAAAAGUCAUGGAUAUUUCAUGGCUAUAGCAUGACUGGACCCUCUGUCUUUGAGCUAGUGAGGAGAAAAGAUUUUGCAAGCCUUCCAGUCAUCGUGGAGGAUUUUGUGAAAGACUCUGGAGCCACGUUCAGUGCUAGUGAACCUGAUGCAGUUCAUGUGGUGGUCGACCGGCACUUAAUAACUGGGCAGAAUGAUCAGUCUACUCUCAUUGCUGUCCAGAACCUCAUCCUAUUCUGUAAUGUCAGGAAAUGAUGGCACUUUAAUUCAUGAUUUUAUUCAGAACCAUGGAUUGGCUGGAAAACAGGAAAUGCACAAUCUCAACUUCCAGCUCCAGUGGUAGAGGAAAGAAUCUAUGAAUGCAUAUCAGGCAAAAGGCAGCUCCUGAAGGUGCUACAGUCCUGGUGAAGAAAUCUGCCAAAUAUUUAAUUUUCAACUCCUUGUUAGUUUGCACAAAAGACUGUGAAUUUCUAAAUAGUUAUAAAAAAAACAAAAAAUACGUGACUUAGUAAUGUUGAACUUGUUUGUAGUGAGAGACCAAAUAAAUCUUCUGAAUGAA